ACCAAAACUAGCAAGUGUGGCAUCACCAUAUCCUCUCAUAUGAGUCGUGAUAAAAACGAUGUACAAGACUCAUUACCAACAUUAUAUCCGUUAACAUAUAUAGCACCUCAAACUUCCAAUUAUGGCGAAAACUUCCUUGAGCUUCAACAAUGGCGAAUUCUACAUUCACGUUGUUGAAAGCAGUCUUCAUCGCAUUGGCAAGCGUUAUGGUUGCUACUCUUAUCUAUACUAUCGCCAUUGAUGGCCUUCCGUUUCGUAAAGACCUCCUUUUCCCAUGGAUGGCAGCAACUUUAGUGGACUUCUAUAUCAAUAUUUUUGUUUUGGCGGUAUGGGUUAUCUACAAGGAAUCAAGUUGGCUCACAUCAGUAAUCUGGGUCAUACUUCUGGUUUGUUUUGGAAGUAUUACUACUUGUACAUACAUUGUCAUUCAAUUAUUCAAGCUCUCAGCUGAAGAAUCUGCUCGUGAUCCUAUGUAUCAUCUUUUAUUGCGACAGCAAGACAAGUAUCUUCCUCAACAGGAAAGAUGCAUUUAGUGGAAGCACACUUCAUUUGAUCGCUGCAAAAGUUAUUUUCAGUGCUCUAGGCUUCCUUAUGCUUGGAACCUUGGUUUACACUCUUAUAACUAAUGGUUCACCUUUCAAGAAGGAGCUUCUUAUACCAUGGAUGGUAGCAACGCUCAUUGAUUUCUACAUCAAUGUUGCAGUUUUAUCGAUUUGGGUUGGCUACAAGGAAUCAAGCUGGUUAAAUGCAGUCAUCUGGAUUACUUUGUUAAUAUGUUUUGGCAGCAUUUCGACCUGUGGAUAUGUCGUGCGGCAAUUUUUUCUGCUCUCUCCUUAUGAUCCCUUGUACCUUGUUCUGUUGAACCACCUUCAUAGGCAAGUCUAAUGUCUAUUUUCCAUAUUUUCUUCCAAUAUAUUCUAUUUUCCAUAGGCAAGUCUAAUGUCUAGCUUUGUAACAUCUGCUGUCUUUACACUAUAUUCUAUUGAUGCUGUUUAAAUCAUUCAAAUGGUAUGUGGGUGUGAUGGUAGGACAAGCAAGCUGGAAACUUCCUCUGUCGUUCUAUUCAAUCUGAAUUAUGAAACAGACUAUUUUUUAUCAAA